GCUCAGUUGCACAGCGCACGUCAACGCGAUUGGUACUCGAUCUGGCCAAGAGCGGAGUAAAACCAAAAAAAAAAAUACACACAAACAAAACAGCUAACAGAGACUGAAGCCAAAAAUGAAUUCUUGCUAAGAAUACGACAGCAAAGUAGCUAAAGUUGAGACUGAAACACAUAUUUAAUAAUCAACAUAGAGUGCAAAGAACUAAUUUAAGAACCGGAUUCCCAAGAUCACCAACAACUGCAACAAAAUACAAAAACAAAGCCUAAAAUUAGUUAAUUCAAAUGCUAUAACCAAAAAAAUCUGUUUGCACGAUCGUAUAAUCACACCAAAGAACCAACGCAACCCAAAUUAUAACCAAAGACUUCGAAAGUGCAAUAUAGAGUUUUUUUCAAAAAUAAAAUAAUAUACCAAAAGGAUAAUCAAGGAUAUAUUGAAAGAGAAACCAACGGAAUACCCUCUAGUGAAUAUCCUUCGAAAGUGUUAUUGUUGUACCUCCAUACGAACGCUGAAUCCUUGAUCUUUUGUGUGAUCUCCUGGCUCGAAUUUUCGUGCGGGUGCAUUUGGUCUGGUCCACCUAUCUGGGAUUAAGAAUUUUGACAGGCGUACCCACAUAAAUUUACUCGCCUGCCCCCGAUCCUUCUUGGCUAAUUAUAUCCAAGACACGUUUCUAAUUCCGCUGCCAUCCGUGUGAUCCUGUUUCUGACUUCGAUUGUCCUUUUCAUAGUUCGGUUCAUGUUAUUAUGAAGUUGGAACAGAAGAGAAAGUUCAUUGAAAUGGAUCCUGAAAUCGGAUUUGAGCCUCCAUCGGCCAAGCGCAUGCAGCGUCUGCCCGUACUGUACGGCAGCGAUCAGAGCAACCUCUCGUCAGUGGCCUCCUCGGUCUACACAUCGCCAGUGGUAUCCGCCGACGGGCAGAGCACUCAGGAGCUGCUGAGCAUCCGCAGUUCGCCGGCUGAGGAGCUGCCGGAAGCGCCCAACAGUCCGCUGCCGGACAGCCCGGACAGUCCGCCCAGCCCUGAUCGCGGCCUGGCCGGCAAGCAGGCCCCCGUGGUGGUCCGCUAUGGCACCGAGAUGGUUGGCUCCCAAAACGAGCAGCACGAGGACGAUGAUCUGCUGGACGACAGCUGCGAGGAGUACUCCUACGACGAGGAAGAGGUCGGCGACGUGGAGGAGGAGGACGACAACGAGGAGAUCAACUCCUCCACUGUUUCUCCAGCCUCUUCGGCCAGCAGCCAACAGCAGCCUGUCUGUGGUGAAAGAACUCCGGGUUUCCAGAAGCAGUUGCGGAAUGGCGUCUUUGCGAUGAAUGUGAUCGAGCCAGUGUCCUUCGAGUUCAUGAUGUCGCCGGCGGAGGAAAACUCGCAACGCCAGUGCCCGCUUCCGGCGUUGGCCUGGGCCAAUGCCGGUGAUGUAUGGCGCCUGAUGUGCCAGCGGGAUGAGCAGGAUUCGCGCCUGCGCAGCACCGCGAUGCUGGAGCAGCACCCCGGCUUGCAGCCGCGCAUGCGUGCCAUCCUCCUGGACUGGUUGAUCGAGGUCUGUGAGGUCUACAAGCUGCACCGGGAGACCUUUUACCUGGCCGUCGACUAUCUGGAUCGCUAUCUGCUGGUGGCGCGGAAGGUGCAGAAGACCCAUCUACAGCUGAUCGGCAUCACCUGCCUCUUCGUGGCCGCCAAGGUGGAGGAGAUCUAUCCGCCCAAGAUCGGAGAGUUUGCCUACGUGACUGAUGGCGCCUGCACGGAGCGAGAUAUCCUAAACCACGAGAAAGUCCUGCUGCAAGCCCUCGACUGGGAAAUCAGUCCCAUUACCAUUACUGGCUGGCUGGGCGUCUACAUGCAGCUGAAUGCCAAUAACCGCACCCCGGCCUCGUUUGCCCAGAUGAGCCGGCAGAAGGCGGCCGAAGCCUCGGCGGCGGACGAUGCCUUCAUCUACCCGCAGUUCUCUGGCUUUGAGUUCGUGCAGACGUCGCAGCUGCUGGAUCUGUGCACCCUGGACGUGGGCAUGGCCAACUACUCCUAUUCGGUUCUGGCGGCGGCCGCCAUCAGUCAUACAUUUAAUCGUGAGAUUGCUCAGCGUUGCUCUGGAUUGGAUUGGCAGGUGAUCCUGCCCUGCGCCCGCUGGAUGGAGCCCUUCUUCCGGGUCAUCUCCAAGAAGGCCACCUUCCUGCAUCUGAAUGAGCAGAACGAGCAGGUCAGCAACAAGUUCGGUCUGGCCCACGUGUGCCCGAACAUUGUCACCGACGAUGCGCACAUUAUCCAAACCCACACCACCACCAUGGAUAUGUAUGACGAAGUACUGAUGGCUCAAGAUGCGGCGCACGCGAUGCGAGCUCGCACCCAGGCCUCCCCGGCCACUGCGCUGCGCGCUCCCGCAAGCCUGCUGACACCUCCCGCCUCUAGUCACAAGCCGGACGAGGAUCUGGGCGACGAGGGUGAGGAUGCAGCCACCAAUAGCGGCCUGACCUCCGCAGCCACAUGCGCCGUAGCCGGCAGCAGCACCAGCAGCAGCAGCAUCGCUGUGAACAGCAGCCACGACAGCAGCAGCAGCAGGGCCAACCGCUGAGAGAUCGGCGGUCUGGCUCCUGGUCAAUCUCUAACUCUCACAACACCCGCCCAAACAGUCUCUACGUUAAGUGUUUCUUAUAUUUAAAUUAUUUUUGUUAAGUGAAAAGUUAUUAGUUGCCUAAUUCCUAUUCUAAACAUACAUAUAUUUAAUUUGAAAUAUCCUACGCGCACUCUGCUGCUUAACUCGCGAUAACCAUUUCCUCGCACAGUUUACCAUUUAAAUUUUGUGUAUUUAUCCAGAAAACAAGAAAUAUAAUAUUAAUUGUACACUAUCCACACAA